AUGGGAAAUACGGAGAGUAAUGUGACCAGUGGCGUUAAGAAGCAGGCCGGAGUGUCCACCCAGGCCCUGUACAAGUUCGUCAACCUCAAGGGCGGUGGGCUGCUGGUGGAUAUGAUGAAACGGGCGAUCCAGAACAAGCAGUACGCCGAGAUUGACCACGCGAUCAAGACGAAGGUCGAACCCUUCCUGUACAACAAAGGCAAAGGAAAGUACAUCCCGGUGUCGGUGCUGGUGCUGUUGCGAAACAGUGAGCGACCGAGGCACAAGCAGCUGCCCGAAAUCCGGGCGUUGGAGAACCCGGAGGAGGACUUUGACAUCGAUGCAGUGUGCCCGGAAGUGAGCGAAGCGGAGUACUACCUAAACCCAUCCGGGUACCGGGAGGUGUGCUGGAACGUCAAGGAACGUGGAGCAGUCGGUGAGACGAUUCUGCAUCUUUGCCUGCUCAACGCUACGUCACUGCAUGCCGAUCUGGCGAAGCGGCUUCUACGGUUCUAUCCCAAGCUCAUCAACGAUGUGUACAUGUGCGACGAGUACUACGGCGAGAGUGUUCUCCAUCUGGCCAUCGUAAACGAGGAUCCCGCGAUGGUGAAAUACCUGCUCGAUCACAACUCGGACGUAAACGAGCGCUGCUGCGGGACGUUCAUGUGCCCGGAGGAUCAAAAGGCUUCCCGCUACGAUACUCCCGAGACGGAAGUCGUCCAGAUGGUACAGCUCACGAACUACGAUGGGUACGUGUAUUGGGGCGAGUAUCCUCUCACAUUUGCCGCCUGUCUAGGACAAGAGGAGUGCUACCGGCUGGUGUUGGCCCGCGGUGCCGACCCGGACAACAAGGACUUUAACGGCAACACGGUACUGCAUAUGCUGGUGAUAUACGAGAAGAUUACCACGUUCGAUAUGGGCUACGAGGUGGGAUCAUCGUUAAGCAUACGGAACCACCAGAAUCUAACACCGCUAACGUUGGCGGCGAAGCUUGGCCGCGUCGAGAUGUUCUUCCACAUUAUGAACAUUGAGCGAGAGAUUUACUGGCAGCUGGGUAGCAUUACCUGUGCCGCCUAUCCGCUCGUCCUGAUCGACACGAUCGACGUAGAAACCGGUAACAUCAGCAAAGACUCGGCCCUGAAUUUGGUCGUGUUUGGUGACAAAGAUGAGCAUCUGGAUCUACUGGACGGUGUGCUGAUCGAUCUGCUCAAGACGAAGUGGAACACGUUCGUGAAGGAUAAAUUCUAUCGACAGUUUUUCAUGUUUUUCUGCUACUUCUGUGUUUCGCUGAUCGGCUUCACGCUACGCAAUGGACCACCACCGCCCGAGGAAGACGACGAAAAUGGUGCCGGUGGUGGCGGUGGUAACAAAACGUCCUCAGCAAAUGCGAAGCAGGAUCUUCGGCAACGAUUAUGGAACCGAACGGUAACGCUAGAGGACGCGGACAAUGUAAGCAGCCUUUUAAGUGACAUUAUGGGGAUUGAGUUCGACGGUGGUGGUAGUGGCGGUGGUGGCAGUGCGCUUGGCAAACUGGCCGAGCAGCUUCUUAACGGAAGCGAAGGAUCGGGUGCAUUCGAACCCGAAACGGUCGACGAGGAAGAGGAUGGGCUGUUCUUCAACUCCAAGUGUCACACCAUGGAUUAUGAUGGCGUUGAGGGAAAGGUACGGUUCGUGGCCGAAGUCAUCAUACUGAUCGGUUCCUUCCUCUAUCUCUUGUCGGCGUUGCGCGAACUAAAGUUUCUUGGCCGAAAGAUGUUCUUCGAAAAUUUGGUAAGCCGGUCAGGGCGUCUGAACGUCACGCGGACAAGUGCGAUCAGUGGUUUCUCAUCAUUUCCUUCGUUUUUAAUCGCGAUCCAACAGAUGACGGCUCCAUCGCGCGUCAUGUUUCUGUUCUCCUGCUGCAUCAUGAUGGUUGUACCCUUUCUGAAGGUGCUCUGCUUCACCGAACUAGAGGAUCAUGUGGCGGUCGCCAUUAUGCUAACAACUGCGCCAUAUUUCUUGUUCUUCUGUCGUGGCUUCAAGACGGUCGGUCCUUUCGUGGUGAUGAUCUAUCGUAUGGUGAUGGGCGAUCUGCUGCGGUUCGUCGUCAUCUAUCUGGUGUUUGUGAUGGGCUUCUCGCAGGCGUACUAUAUCGUGUUUCUCUCCUACAAACCGGAGGAGGACGGUGACGCCAAUCCGAUGCCAUCGCCCAUCGAAUCGAUCGUCGCCAUGUUUCUGAUGUCGCUGACCAACUUUGGGGAUUACUAUGGAGCGCUCGAAAACACGGAUCACGAGAUGUGCGCCAAGAUCCUGUUCGUGCUGUUUAUGGUGAUUGUCGCGGUGCUGUUGGUGAACAUGCUGAUCGCUAUGAUGGGUAACACGUACCAGAAGAUUGCCGAAACCAAGAACGAAUGGCAGCGCCAGUGGGCACGCAUCGUGCUGGUGGUGGAACGUGGUGUGCCACCGAAGGAGCGGCUCAAAAAUCUCAUGUCCUACAGUCAACCGAUGUCGGAUGGUCGGCGGGCACUGGUGCUCCGGUUAAACAUGACGGACGAAGACAAAGAGGAAAUGAAGGAGAUCCUCGAGAUGAAACGUGUUCACGAGCGGCUGUCGAAGAAGCGGCAGGUCGAGCGGGAUGCCCGGGCCGAGCAGCGACGUUUGCUGCGCGAAAAAUAUCUCAACAUGACGUAG